UGUAGACAGUCUUUACUUCCUUGGGUUUCUAGAAGAAGACACACUAGAAGGCUGAAGCUUAGUUCCCAAGCGUAUCUAUCUAAUAUGAUACCUUAUUCCCAGAAAUAGAGCCAUCAACUGGCGGGCCAUACUCACUGUUAGGCCAGGAUGCGUGUUAAACUACAGAACAAAAUAUUGUAAAUUUAGGAUUCUUGGGAAGUUUAGGGUCUUCUGUUUACUUCAUUUCUUUAUACAAUUUAAAAAUAUGUAUUAUCUAUUGCAAUUUAUAAAAUCGUUGUUGGUUCCUGAAAUUGAGAUAAUUUUGGUCUGAGUAGUGUUUUGAGAUUCUGAACAUGAAGUGGGGGAUUAGGUGUAAGGCUGUUUUAUUUUUCGACUUACCCUGUGGGUUAUGGUAACGAUACAUACACGACAGUGCUUGAAUUCCGAGAGGUGUGUGUGAGAUUACUCGUCAUUACUCGAAACAGCAGUUACAGGGGUAAAACUUACUCCAGUUUACUAAUGGUAAUGAUUGGCUGAGCAAACUCCAAUUUAGAGCACCCAGUCCACACACAUUCUUGUCUAGAAAGAUUUAGCACGUAUUCAUGAUAAUACCUUUUAAAAAACUUUUUCCUAACAAAAUAUCUUUGUUAGACUGCCACUGAAACCAAGUAAUGAGUAAAAACUACAUCAUAAUAUUAAAAAUACAAAUGCUCUUACAUAUGGGGAAUGGCAUAAAGGGUACCAUCUUCUUUAUGUGUGUUUCUCUGUUCCUGGUUCACUGUUACAGAGUUUGACAUCAUUGGCAGUUCUGCAUAGCAGUUUGCAGUAUGUCCCAAGAAAACUGGGAUAGAAAAUAAUUGAUGGUAUAUUACCAUUAAAUAAAGAUAAAUAUUAACACGACUUUCCUUACUGCUCUGACACUGCACCUUUCUGCUCUUAAUGUGUCACCACCUAUUUGAUCUCUAAAAAUUGCUAUUAAAAUAACUGCUAGUAAAAGUAUGACUUUAAUCUGGUUUGUUUUUGUGGCAUUCACUACUCUUAGUCUAUGGUAUAAAUUAACAUGUGCCUCUCUUUCUCAUCUAGAAUAACUCUACUCAUGGUGAUUUUAUGCAAAGUAAUGAGGCCAGUUUAAUAGAACAAGCCCCAAUACUUCAUGACGGACUCACUGUGGCACCUCAUAGAACCCAGCGAGAAGCUGUACACAUUGAGAAGAUAAUGUUGAAAGGAGUCCAGAGAAAAAGGGCUGACAAAUAUUGGGAGUACACCUUCAAAGUAAAUUGGUCUGAUCUUUCAGUCACAACAGUAACAAAAACCCACCAAGAACUUCAGGAAUUUCUGCUGAAGCUUCCAAAGGAAUUGUCCUCAGAGACUUUUGAUAAGACCAUCUUGAGAGCCCUGAAUCAGGGCUCGUUGAAGAGGGAGGAACGACGACACCCUGACCUGGAGCCCAUCCUGAGGCAGCUAUUUUCAACUUCAUCACAAGCUUUUCUACAGAGUCAGAAAGUACACAGCUUUUUUCAGUCCAUAUCGUCAGACCCUCUGCACAGCCUCAAUAACUUACAAUCCUCUCUGAAGACUUCUAAGAUAUUAGAACACUUAAAAGAAGACAGCUCAGAAGCUUCAAGUCAAGAUGAAGAUGUGUUACAGCACACCAUAGUCCACAAGAAACACACUGGGAAAAGUCCCAUUGUAAACACUGUUGGUACAAGUUGUUCUCCGUUGGAUGGGCUCACCAUGCAGUAUUCUGAACAGAAUGGAAUUGUAGAUUGGAGGAAGCAGACCUGCACCACCGUUCAGCACCCAGAGCACUGUGUGGCCUUGGCCGACCAGCAUUCAACUGAAAAACGAAGCUUAUCUUCAAUAAAUAAGAAGAAAGGGAAGCCACAAAUAGAAAAGGAGAAAAUUAAGAAAACUGACAGCAGAUUAAACAGUAGAAUAAAUGGUAUCCGGCUCCCCACCCCCCAGCACGCCCACGGUGGUUCUGUGAAAGACACAGACAGCAAUUCUGAGGACUCUGGGAAUCCAUCAGCAACCAGGUUUACAGGUUAUGGUUCUGUCAACCAGGCUGUCACUGUCAAGCCACCUGUUCAUAUUGCUUCGCUAGGAAAUGACAACGCAAACCUUUUAGAAGAUCCCUUAAACUCGUCCAAGUAUCAGCCAAUUUCCCUCCUGCCAGCUUUACAGUAUGUCAUGCAAAACGGUGCCCAGAAGUCCGAGGUGGUCGUUCCUCCUCCCAAAUCUGCUGACGGCAAAACUAUAGGGAUGCUUGUUCCCAGCCCUUUCUCUGCAGUGAAGGAGUCCACAAAUUCAACCCCUGUCGGAAUACUCGGGCCAGCAGCUUCUACUGGAGAAUCAGAAAAACACCUUGAGCUGCUGGCUUCCCCGUUACCUCUUCCGUCAACGUUCCUCCCACACAGCAGCGCUCCUGCUUUGCACCUCACAAUUCAGAGGCUCAAGUUGCCGCCGCAGCAGGGAUCUUCUGAGAGUUGCACAGUUAACAUCCCACAGCAACCAGCCGGGAGCCUGAGCAUCGGAUCACCAAACACUGCCUUUAUUCCCGUCCACAGCCCGGCUAGUUUUCCAGGAUCUCCUGUCGCUACCACGGACCCCAUCACAAAACCCGCAUCCCAAGUGGUAGGACUCAAUCAAAUGGUGCCUCAAAUUGAGGGAAGCACAGGGGCCGUCCCUCAGCCUACCAAUGUGAAGGUCGUUCUCCCAGCAGCCGGCCUCUCCGCCGCACAGCCACCAGCUCCCUACACCUUGCCAGGCUCCCCCCUCGCUGCCGGCGUGCUCCCCAGCCAGAGCUCCGGCGUGCUCAGCCCCGCAGCGACAUCUGCCCAGUCGGCGGGUGCGGGCAUCAGCCAGGCCCAGUCCAGCGUCCCCCCUGCGGUCCCCACCCACACCCCCGGCCCCGCCCCGAGCCCCAGCCCCGCUCUGACACACAGCACGGCGCAGAGCGACAGUACGCCCUACAUCAGUGCCGUGGGGAACACGAGCGCCAGCGGGACGGUGCUGCCGCCACAGCAGAUGGGCUCGGGUCCUUGUGGGUCCUGUGGGCGAAGGUGCAGCUGUGGGACCAAUGGAAACCUUCAGCUAAACAGUUACUACUAUCCCAACCCAGUGCCCGGACCAAUGUACCGGGUCCCGUCUUUCUUCACCCUGCCGUCCAUCUGCAAUGGCAGCUACCUCAACCAAGCACAUCAGAGCAACGGAAACCAACUUCCUUUUUUUCUGCCUCAGACUCCGUAUGCAAACGGACUGGUGCAUGACCCAGUCAUGGGGAGCCAAGCCAGCUAUGGCAUGCAGCAGAUGGGAGGCUUUGGGAGAUUCUACACUGUGUUUGCAGCACCCAGCGUAGUUGCCAACACGAGCGGUUCAGGGCCCAAGAAGAACGGGAAUGUCUCCUGUUACAACUGUGGUGUGAGCGGACACUAUGCGCAGGAGUGUAAGCAGUCGUCCAUGGAGGCCAGUCAACAAGGCACUUACAGACUGAGAUACGCACCUCCCCUCCCCCCUCCUAGUGAUACGUUGGAUUCUGCAGACUGAAACAAGCAAAGCUUGCCUCCUUAAUACACUGAAGUGUGGGGAGUCCUGGUGGGGUGUGGAGGGGAGGAAAGGAAAGGUAUUUUGUUUGUGUUUCUUUGUAUCUACAUUUCCUAGAUUUCUAUGCAGUGGGGAUUUUUCCUUUCCCUUGUACCGAUGUCCAAAACAAGAGAGUGCAUUGCUUUUGAGCCUCUGGUCUCCUGGUUCAACAACAGGCUUACCUGUAUGAUACGUGUAAUUUAAACAUCCAGGCAAACUAUCAAAAGGAAAAUGUCCAUGCGUGCUUUUUUUUUUAAACUGAAUACUUGCUGUGUGCAAUGUUUACUGAAUCUUCAAAACUGUGUAUUUGACCUUUUUUUUUUUUAAUAUAUAACACUGGUAAUAGUCAUAUGGUUUUGGAAAAAAGAAAUGGCUUCUUCCCCAGCUUUUCUCACUUUCUCCCUAAAUCCUGCUUUUUCUCCCUGACCCUCACUCUUCCCAGCGGCUGCAGGUGUGGUUGGCACUGCCUUGUCCACACUUUGUAAACUGCUCUGCAUAUAAAUUGAGGGUAAAAUGUUUCACCUUAACCACAAGGGAGAAGCCAGAUGCCCGAAACAGUGUGUAUAUAUGUAAUAAACAGCACCACAUAAAUACACAUGUGCAGCGCUUGUUGUCCAAGUAAAAAUUAAAACAAGUGGGAGAGAGAGGAAGAAGUAAAACCAUAUGAAACUGAGAAACUAUGACAUAUGAAGUGGACAAAGAGCUUUUUCUUAGGGAAAAAACCUUUUUACUCCAUCAUACUUUUUUAGCCUGUUGCUUCAGAGAGACAUGAAGUGAACAAACUAGUGUGAGUGUGAUUCUUCUGUGUGUUUGUGUUUGUAAUGAAAGUCAACAGCCACCUUUACCUGUAGUCUACCACUGUGUCGUGUAAGAGACACUUGAGUCGUCCCUGCUCCUACACCAACUGUUACGGUGUCACGUUGUGUCAAUGUGUGUGGUUUAUUUCGCUCUGAACAGAAGCUCUGCGAUUCUACGAGUCAGGUACUUGUUCCCUGACCUGCCUCUCGUAGCAAAGUCACUUUUAUAACAGUUUACCACUGUGCUUGAUUAUAAUGUGAAAGACUGAAUUCUGGGUGUGUGAAGAUGGUAUUAAUCAUGUCAGUGUCAUGUCACUAAGUUUAAUGCUGCUGUUUAAAACAAAAAGUUUUUUUAAAGCCAAUCUAUGUACUAAAUUGCUUCCAGGUAAUUUUGAUUUCCUAAAGUGCACUGAGGUUAUCUGGAAGACGGGGUGUAGUGUUUGGACUGCUGCUCUCGACAGCCACGAGCACCUAGCAACGCAGAGUCACAGGCUGCGGGUGGGGGCGGGGGCCGGGGCGAUGCCCCUGCCCCCCCCCACAGAGCAGAAAGGGCCGAUGUUUGUUACGGGGGUAACGUUGGUGUGCAGCAGAGGAACUUCAAUAUUUGGUCUUGGUUCAGAAGCCUAACAGAUUGCUAGACAAAAGGAAACACUUGAAGAAAGAAGCUUCAUGGAAUGCUUCCUAGGUAGCAUUUAUAUUUAUAGCACCAAUGUACAUUUUGAAACCUCCUUUCAGGGGUGGGAGGGGAAGGAAGGGAGGCUGUGAAGGGGUAGGUGAAAGCUUUAAUUUAAAAAGAAAAAGAAGCUUGAGUAAAGGAAAUUAUUUUGAUUAAAUAUAUUUUAUUUGCUCUGGGUAUUUUUGGACCACAUUAUUAGAUUAAUUGUUACGCUGCAGUUAAGUUGUUCAAGCGAGGGUUUUGAUAAGCCACGUAAGGGUCGCAUUGUGAGUUACUUGCCAGUUGUACUUUAUGGAGCUUAUUUUAUGAUUUAAAAGACUGUACUGUACAUAGGAGGUAUGUUACCUUCUCCUUAUUUGUAUGUUUACCAUAUACUUUGAUAUUUGAAAUGUUAUGUACUGGAAAGGCCACUUAUAUUUCUAGAACAGAUUGGAUUUUAUGCAACCUUUUUUCCUUGAAUUAACAGCAAUAAAAAAAUGAAAAACAGC